AUGAGUUCAUUAAGUGUGGGUAACUCCAAUAGAGUAGAUGAUUCGGUUUGUAAAUCAAUUGAAUCAAAAUCAAUUUUUAGACUUCCUGCACUAAAUGGGCUUGAUAAUGGUGAUAGGUAUGUUUUUACCACACAUAAUGGAACUCGAUUUGUUCAAUUGGAAACAUUGACCAAAUUUGUAAGAUGGGCUUUUGUUAAUGGUGGCGAGUAUAAUUCUAUGCCUGUAGAUAUACCGGAAAAAGCAUCAGAUAUUAUUGAUGUUAUCAUAAGUAAUAAUUCCAAAUUUAUUGCACUAUACACAGGUAUUGACAUAUACUUAAUAGAGAUCCCAUGGUUAUACAAAGAUGUCUGCAAUAUGAAAUCAAUAUUCCAAAGAAAAAUUCUAAAUAUCAAUAGCAUAUCAAAGAUUAAAAAAGUUAUAUUUCAUCCAAAGGCUACCAAUGAUACAUGUUUAGUUAUUUUGUUUCAUGAUGAUUCAAUCUGGUUAUAUGAUUUAGAAAAUGAUAACAAAGUUGUUUUAAAUGAGGAUACUGGUCGAUUAGGGCUUGGGGGGAAAAUUACAUCAAUUACAGAUAUGGAGUUUAGUAACGAUGGGUUAACUUUAUAUCUUUUAAGUGUUGCCGGUGGUGGAGACAUGUACGCUUUAUACCCAUGUCUUCCUUCUCGACUUUCCAUCUCGAAUAAUGAGACUCAAGCAUUAAUUAGUAGGUCGGUUGUAUUGUAUAAUUCUAUUGAUAAAGAUACAAAGCCUGAGAUAAAGAGAAAUAUCAUCAAACAAGUACAAUUUGCUGCUCAGUUGGAUAUUAAAAAAGGAGAUGAAAGUUAUAAAAAUGGAAUAAAUAUUGAAGAUGAUUAUAGACAUGUAAAAAUACAAGGUCCUUUCACUAUCGCACCAUAUCCCAGUAAAUUAUAUGACACAACUGCAAAGGAAAUAUCAAUUAUUGACAUUGGUCAAGGUAAUGAAUUAUUAGCAAUGCUUUUUGAUGAUAAUACUUUGCUAUUUUUAUUUAAAGACUUAGAAAUAUCUAUGGUUUGGGAUAGUUCAAAUUUCUAUUACAAUAAUUCUCUGGUUUUAAUUGAAGACUUGCAAUUAUCCACGAGGGAUGAUUGCAAGAUUAUGAAAUCGUUUGUGAAUAUGGGUAAUAUUUUGAUUAAUGAUAACAAGAAUAUUUCUUUAAUUGACAUUACGUCUUGGUCAUCCUUAGUCUCUAACUGUAUUGUAAAACAAGAUAUGGCUCCAUUAACAAAUGUUGCAUUUAAUAGUAUUGUGACUACUCUAAAUUGGAACGAUAAAUUUCUUUCAGCUGGUAUUUGGAAUUUCAAUGGUAGUAAAGGCUUACUUGUAUCAUCACCAUUAAGAAUAUAUGUUAAAAACUUGUCAACAAAGACUAAUGGAUAUAUUUCUAAAGAAAAUACUAUUAAAAGGGAAUUAGAAAAUAAUAACAGUAAAUCCAAUUAUUCAGUGUCAUUUUCUCAACCAGCCAGUGAAAUAAUGGAAUUGACCAAGAGGUAUAUAGAAGAAUGUAAAAAUCCAUUCCCAGAUAUAAUAGAACCAAAAGUUAGACAAGAAGUUUUGUCCAAUGAUUCGAACGAGAAACAAUUAGAGAUCAUGACAAAACUUUCUGGUGAUGUGAUUAAGAAAAUUAUUAAAGGACAAAGUUUAGGGAUUACUUUACAUAGUAGGAUUUUGGAACAACAAUAUGAAUUGACAAGACAAUUGGGAUAUACUCAAAAAUUGAUAUCUAGACAAACUACAAUCGAGAAUUUAAAUCAGCAACAAUCGUUACAAUGGAAUCAAAGGUUAGAGAAACAAGUGGAACUUCUUGAUAGAUUUAAAAAAUUAAAUGAAAAAUUGUCAAUUAUUGAAGCCAAUGAUAAAUUUAAGGACUUAGUGAUUAGUAAUGAAGAGAUAAAUUGGUUUAAAGAGAUUAGAAAUCAAGCAAUUAAAUUUAAUGAUUUCGUUCAUAAACAAAAAAAUGUCCAGGAAGAUUUAGAUUUCAUUAAAAAGGAACUUGUAUUGAUCCAAUCUAAAUCUCAAGCUUUGGAAACUAAAACAAAGAAUGAAUGGGGAAGUCUACGUCAAAUGCUCAAAGAAGAUUCAAUUCUUAUAAAGCAGUCAUACUUAGUAUCAGAAAGUAAGUAA